AUGUACGCUUCAGCUAAUCGCUAUUUAGCUGAAAGUAUUGCGUCACAUCCAACACAUUUCAUCGUUUUAACUCUUGUAAUAUCGGCACUUUUGUCAUUAUCACUGUUUAACUGUACUUGGGAAGAUGAUAUUCGAAGAGGCUUUUCAUCUCCUAAAUCUCGCGCAGCCAAAGAGGAAGCAGUCUUUCUACAGUUCUACAACAUUACAAAUGUGCCAUGGCAUUUAGUUUUACUAUUUGAAGCCAAAGAUGGUGGAACGAUGUUGCGUGAAAAUCAUAUGCAGGAAAUGUACAAAAUUGAUAAAGACAUCUAUGAUGCAUUUAAUGCAGUCCAUUUUGCCAGACCAAUUUGUUAUCCAUUUUGUCAUGUGAAUAUGCCAGUUAAAUUUUUUUGGGAAGAAUUCAGCAGAGAUAAAAAUCGUACAGAGAGUUAUGACGACAAUAAUUCAAUUUUUGCAUUUCCGACGUCAACUAUUUUAGAUCAAGAAGUAUUUCUCGGAGCGAAUCUGUUCGGUGUACAAUAUUCGGAUAAAAUUUUCACAAAUCGAUCCAACAUCAUACGAGUGAAUACUAUUACGCUGUGGUACUCUGCCUAUAUCGAUGAUCCAUUCAAAAAUCAAAUAUUCAAAAACAUUACUGUAGGAUUAUUCGCAAUGAGUAAAAUAAACAAUGCUACAAAAUGGAUUAAUUUCAAAGUUUUUGGCGAUGAAAUUGCUAAUCGCGAAAUGAUUCAAGGAGCUAUUCAAGCUACAAAGUUGAUGCUAUUCGGAUUCCUUCUGUUGCUUACUUUUGUAUUCAUCGUUGUAUACAUCAAGAUAGAGCUAUCAUCUAUUCCACAAAUCAUUUUUGCCAUCCUUUCGCCACCAAUUAUUGCCUCAGUUGUUUCCUUCGCGAUUGUUUGCUGGAUGAAUUUUCCUUUCUAUUCAAUCAUGUGCGUUACGCCAUUUUUGGUAAUUGGAAUCGGAGUGGACGAUUCAUUUAUUAUGAUGCAAGUCUGGUGUCGAUUUGGGAAAAUAGUAUGCCGAAAGGAGCGAUUAAUUCGAGUAUUCAAUGAAAUCGGUCCAUCAGUUAGUAUUACAUCGAUAACUAAUAUGGUCGCCUUUGGUAUUGGUUACUUUACACCAACUCCACAGAUGAGCUUAUUCUGUUUGUGUACAUCACUGGCUUGUUUCUUUGAUUAUAUCUUCACAUUCACUCUUUUCGCUCCAAUUAUUUGCAUGGCUAAAAGCAAAAACAAUAAUGGCUACACAGCACCUUUAAUCAAACUGUCGAGACGUGAAAAACGAAUAAAGCAUUUUAUUGCGAGUUACUGCAAAAUGAUCUGUUCACGAACAGGUCGAAUAUCGGUAAUAUUUUUGCUAAUGGUACUGUACACACUAUCAACACUUGGAGUGGCAAAAAUGAAGCGUAUUUUCGAUGAUUUUUUCCCUCUACAAAUUUUCAUCAAUCAACCGCCAGAUAUUAGCAAUUCAUCACAAUACAACGAUUUUUACGAUAUGGUUAAGAAUCUUGAGGCAGUACCAUACAGCUUAGGAGUAAAUAAAACGAUGGUAUUCUUGAAGGCAUAUGAAAUCUUUGAUCAUAAAAUACAUAAUUUCUUGCAUACGUUGGGUCUUAUCGAUGCAGAACAUUUCAAGCCGUCAUAUGAUAAUUUACCAAUAUUUGUGGAUCACAUUCAAAAUCCAACAUUCAUCAAAAUGACAACCGAUGAAAAGUUAGUGCUGGUAUAG